AUGUGGCGCGUUCGUCUAAAAUUACAAACUUCGGCCGCCGUUUUGCUUGCUAAUAUCUUUGAUGAUGGAACUCGACAAAAUGAGUGGAAAACAUCGACAUUUCAACCGCAAAAACAACCAUUUCUACGGACAGACUUUUGGCAAGUACAUGCCGCACAAUCAGCGAAUCUUGACCAAAAGGGUGAUGUAACAAGAAGUGGAGCUGUUUCUAAAUUGCUUCAACUGUGUGAGCAAAUACAAGUGCAAUCUUGGGAAACAGCGAUUUCACUCGACCGUCUGAAAACUGCUUUUAAAAUUAACGAAGGAUCUUUUGGUGAAGUGUACGCGAUUCGCUCAAAAGAUGUUCCAACAGAAUAUAAUGUUUUAAAGGUUGUUCCAAUCGAUGGUGCGGUGGAAAUAAAUGGUUUUGAACAAAUGACGAGCACUGAUAUUUUGCCCGAGUUGCUUUGCUCUCAAGCGUUGACGAAACUUUGGGAAGAAGGAAAAGAAAACCGGACAAAAUGCUUCAUUCAUCUCAAAAAGGCGUACCUCGUGAAAGGUGAUUAUCAUCCGCAUCUAAUUGCUGCGUGGUAUACUUAUGAUAAACAAGAGAAGUCAAGCAAUGGAGAUCCAACUCAAUUUCCCGACGAUCAACUUUUUCUUCUUUUUGAAUAUGAAUUCGGAGGAGAGUCCCUAGAUCAUUUUGAGCUCUCGUCUUCUUCGCAACUUCUUUCUAUUGUUGCGCAAGUCGCCACAGCGUUGGCGGCAGCUGAAUGUGGUCUUAAAUUCGAACACCGAGAUCUACACCUGGGAAAUAUUCUAGUGUUUCUCAAGGAAAUGUCAAAAAUGCACAGAGCGGUCGUCAACAACAAAACUAUUGAAUUCAACGAUGCUCGAGUAUCUGUACGAUUAAUCGACUUUACUCUUGCUCGCUUUGAUUAUAAAAAGCAAAAUUUCCAUUAUCAAUUUGAAGAAGAUGAUCCCAUUUUUGAAGGCGAUGGUUCAGAAGCGCAUCAUCAGAUUUAUAGAGGAAUGAGAGCGUGUACGAGAGAAGAUUGGAAAGGUUUUAACCCUGUGACUAAUUUGCUUUGGAUCGAAUAUCUUCUGUGGUUUUGUUUACAACACGAAGAGGAUGCUAAUACGAAAGCUUAUCAACUACUCGAUUCAUUCUUGAAACGUGUACGAAAGUGCUGGUCCUCAACGGAAUUAGUUAAUUCGAAGGAGUUUAACGAUAUCGUCGAACACUUGAACGCU